UAGUUCGCCAUUAUCAUUUCUAAAACCCUAAUAAGAUUCGUCGGCAGCUCCGAUCGUGAUCUUUCCUAAACCCUAGCAUCGCCGGUGAUUAACAGCUGAGCUAAGGAAAUGAGUUUCAACAAAGUUCCCAAGAUUCCUGGAUCACCUGCUCUCUCUGCCCUUCUCAAGGUCAGCGUUAUUGGUGGGCUUGGUGUCUAUGCCCUUACUAACAGUCUCUACAAUGUUGAUGGAGGACACCGUGCUGUCAUGUUCAACCGAUUAACUGGUGUCAAGGAAAAGGUAUACCCGGAAGGCACACAUUUUAUGUUGCCAUGGUUUGAAAGGCCAAUCAUCUAUGACGUUCGUGCACGACCUUACCUUGUUGAGAGCACCACUGGGAGUCAUGACCUUCAGAUGGUGAAAAUUGGACUGAGGGUGCUCACACGUCCUAUGGGUGAUCGUUUGCCAAAGAUUUACCGAAGCCUUGGCGAGAAUUACAGUGAAAGGGUUCUUCCUUCCAUCAUCCAUGAAACCCUAAAAGCAGUGGUAGCUCAGUACAAUGCAAGCCAUGAGGUUUCGGAUGACACCACCACUAAAAAGGCGGCAGCCUCGCCAUCGGAAAAGUCAGGCUCCGGGGAGAAGAAAGUCGGACUAGGGUUUGGUCUUGGACUUGUUGUCUUAUGUUUGAAAUUUCUCUUUUGA